AUGGCCAUGCCCUCAACCACUGGAGAAUGCACUUCCAGUCGCGUGUUUCCACAGCUACUUCUCUUCGCCGACGACUGGUUCCCCAAGUCCACCUCCGGAGGGGACAUGCAACGAAGCAUGGACCUCUUCGAUGCCGCCUGUAACAAUUUCGGCCUGGUUAUCAACGCGGAGAAGACAGUGGUUGUACUUCAUCCGCCAUCCGAGGCUGCGUACAACGAAGCCCAGCUGCAAGUCGUGGAUAACUGUACCUGCCUAUGCGGCACUCCCUCUCGCAUCAUCAAAGGCGACAAUGAGGUGGUCCGUCGGAUUACCCAAGCCAUCCAAAAGUUCGGCCACUGGAAAAACACAGUUUAA